AUAAUGUCAUGAGAGCCUUGGAAGCAGAUGCCAACGAGCGUGCAGAGAAGCGUAAAGCAGAGGCGACGGUUCUGAAAGAUCAGGGGAACCAAGCGUUCAACAAGGGUGAUUACACACGAGCCAUUAAACUCUACACGCAGGGCCUGGAACAUCUAAAAGACUUUGUGGUGCUGUACACCAACAGGGCACAGGCUUACAACAAAUUGGAAAAGUUUACAGAGGCAAUGGAGGACUGCCGGACGGCCUUGCAGUUGGAACCAAACAACGUCAAGGCAUUGGUGCACCUUGGCAAGGCCCAGCAGGGACUGAAGGAUUACGAAGCGGCUGUUACGACUUACCAAGAAAUCCUCAAGAUUGACAAGAAACACGAGAACAUGGUCGCAGGCUACAUUGCAGCUGUGAAUCUAGCCGAGUCCACAGCCAAGUCGGAUAUGGAGGCUGAGAGGCUGUUCAGUGAGGGCGACGUCAAGGCAACGGGCGUUCAGGAGAUCGGACUCAAUGACGUAACAGACAGUCAAGCAGCUCUGACCCAACAACUACCAGAUGAUCAACAAACAACUCAGUCUGGCAGUGGACAGCCUUCCCAGCAGGAACCAACGCAACAACCUCUGCCGCAACUACAGCCAAGACCGGGUGAGACACAAACAUUUGUCCGUCAACCCUGCAUGUUAUGACUCCCCUGGCCCUGAUAUCGGUUCCCUGUCAGCAUCCUUCCCCUCCAUCCU